AUGGCCGUUAAUUUAAUAACCAAUAGUAAUGAUACUGCCUUUAGCGAUAGCUCGCCAGAUUGGCUGAAUUCUGAAGUGAUGACUGGGACAACAAUUAUGGCAGUUGAAUACGACGGUGGCGUAGUAAUUGGUGCGGAUUCUCGAACAACGUCUGGAUCCUAUGUUGUUAAUCGGGUAACAGACAAGUUAACGCGGAUUAGUGAUAGUAUUUACUGCUGUCGAUCCGGUUCCGCUGCUGAUACGCAAGCAAUUGCAGAUAUUGUUGCCUACAGCCUAAACUUUCACAAGAUGGAACUAGAUGAAGAACCCCUAGUUGAAACUGCGUCGAGUAUAUUCCGCGACAUGUGUUACAGAUAUAGAGACAGCAUGGUAGCAGGAAUUAUUUGUGCUGGUUGGGAUUGCUUCAAGGGUGGCCAGGUUUACGUUAUUCCUCUUGGUGGCAUGUGCGUACGUCGGCCAUUUACUAUUGGUGGUUCUGGUAGUACUUACAUCUACGGAUAUUGUGAUGCCCACUAUAAGCCUAAUAUGAGCAAAAACGAAUGCUUGGAUUUUGUAAAACAAGCUGUUGCUCUGGCAAUGUCUCGGGACGGAUCUUCAGGUGGCGUGAUUCGCUUAGCUUCCAUUGAUAAAGAUGGAAUAAAUCGAACAAUCAUUUCUGGCGAUAAAUUACCAACUUUUUAUGACGGAUAAUCUUAAUUAAUUAUUAUAACUAUUACACGAAAAGGUUUGAUCUUAAAAAUGUUGUUAAUACUACCUGUAUUCUACUGUAGUGUAUCGUACUUACGGCCGUUGCUGUCAUACUGGUUAUCAUGUUAUUGUUCUGAAAUGUUUUCUUGUAAUAAAUAGAAUCUUUC